CACCACAUGCGCAAGGAGGGAGGUGGCCCGGGGCAGCCGCCUCGCUGCAUAUAAAGCGCUGCCGUCGGGCCGUCCAGAGCCGCUCGCUCUCAGGACCUUGCUGCCGCCCGGCCGCCGCGACAUGGACACGGGCCGCCGCCUGCCGCUGCCCGCGCUGCUGCUGCCGCUGGCCUGCGCCGCCCUGGCGCAGCGCUCCCUCACAGAGAAGCAGCGCGCCUGCCUGCUGCCCCCCGACGACGGCCCCUGCCGCGCCCUGGUGCCGCGCUGGUACUACGACAGGCACACGCAGAGCUGCCAGGAGUUCACCUACGGGGGCUGCUACGGCAACGCCAACAACUUCCUCACCUUCGACGACUGCGAGAAAAGCUGCUGGACCAUCAAGAAAGUGCCCAAAUUAUGCCGGUUGGAGGCUGAUGGAGGACCUUGCAGGAGUUAUCUAAGAAGAUAUGCCUUUAACUUGAGCUCAGUGAGGUGUGAGGAAUUCAUCUAUGGUGGCUGUUAUGGAAAUGGCAACAACUUCAGAGAUUUGCAGUCUUGUGUGGACCACUGUCUGCCAGAAAGAACUGGCCCCUUGCUAUGCUAUAGCCCUAAGGAUGAAGGAUUGUGUUCCUCUUCUGUGCCUCGCUAUUACUACGAUGCCAAGACUAAAUCAUGUAAGGAGUUCAAAUACACUGGCUGUGGUGGAAAUGCCAAUAACUUUGUUACUGAAACGGAUUGCUACAAUGUCUGUAGAAAAGGGACUCAGAAACCAAGAAUCAACAAGCCAAUGAGUGUAUCUCGCAGAAAAAUAAUGAGAAAACUGAUUAAAAAACCUCAGGUGUAUAACCAGAAGUCUUAAAGCUGAUGUGCACUUGGAUGUUUGAAACACCUUCUGUUGAUUCCACUUUCUUCUUUUGUAAGGUAGUUUCCACACAGUUUUAUACUGACAUGGUUCUGUCUUUCAGAACUCAUUUUUAUCCAACUUACUGUUUUAUAAAGAACUGUAUUUAAUAGAGGAAUGAACCUAAGUUUGGUUCUUCUGCUCUCUUGUCUUUGCAAUAAUACUUUGGCAAAGACAGGUGUUUAGAUUUCCAUGUUUUUAUGGGGGAAUAUUACUACUGCCUUAGGAGAAUAUUUCAGCUGUUGCAAAUCAAUUAAAAUUUGAAAAGUCAAUUGUCUCUUAGAAUAACUGAGAACAACAGUUAAAGUCUACCACGGAUUUUUUUUUUUUUUUUUUUGGUGUCCUCUGUUUGCUAAAGAAAAGGAACAUUUCAAAAGUAUGUUCAGAGAUUUAUUGCCCUGGCAUUUUACACACUUUGGCUCUAUCAUUUAAAUAGACUGUAUUUUACAGUUAACAUUCAUAGUCAAAGCUUUCAGAAGUCUUCAUAACAGUAGAAGAAGUAUAAACUUGAAUCCAGUUCAUCGCGCAAGAGAUAAUUGGGAGUAGGGAUACAUUGAUAAACACUCUGACAAAGGCAAUGAAUAAGCUAGUUGAGUAUUAAAAUAACAAUGUAGCCAUUACCUUUCAUGACAUUUGAAAUUUCUGUUAAGUUACACUCCAGAUUCUUGUAUGACAUAAAUCAGCAUAUUUGUACUGAUUUUAUGCUGAUUACAUCUGCAGAGGAUCUUGAUAUUUGUGUUAAUGCAGUGGCUGUUACAGCAGAACAGCAGAAGCUUCUGCAAAAGUGUAAUCCCUCUUUUGAAGGCACUGUUUUAUUUCUUAUGGUAGAUUAUGCCUAUGGUGAUAUUGCACAUUCUUAUAUGUUUUGUAUUUCAGUAACGUCUGAAUUUCAAUUUAUUUCACCUAAAUAUUUUCUAAAUAUAAAUUUGUAAGUAAUGUUAAUAAAAUGUUUUUUGAGAAAAAGA